CGCUAUUAAGGUUACUAGCUACGGUGUCUUUUCAACUUUAUUUACUGCAACGUUGAUAUCGCAGUUUAGAAUUCUCACACUGUCUGCCUCUAGUUUCUUUUUCCAGAUUUCAUAAACUCAAGACAUUUGUUAUCGCUGUUCAUUGUGCACUACCUUGGUAAUUAAAUUUGGGUGAAUAGUGUGCGCCUGCUGGGUCGCAAGCUCAUUUUCUCUUUGUUUUCUUUUUCAGCUCCCCUAACUUACACUACUUUGCAUACAGUGCUAGCACACAAAGCAAAUACUGGCUGAACUCAAACUACUACAAUUGGCAAUAGUUGUAUUUAAAGGAUGUUCGAUCAAACAAUUACUGAUUGAUUAGUUUGACCAGUUCAUAUAGUCGGUCGAUCGCAACUACUUGAUAGUUUUUCAAUCUGCUACUCGUUUGAGCUUCACAUUUGUAUGGUAGUAAUGCAACCGUUAGAUGAAACGGACAACGUAAAAGUAGCCGUGCGGUGCCGGCCAAUGGAUAAAAAAGAAAUUGCAAUGAACUGCCAGUCUGUGAUUUCGGUGAGUGAAUUGGAUGGAUGUGUGAUAUUAAAGCGCACAAGUUCAUGUGAUGACCCUCCAAAGCAAUUUACUUUCGACCUUGUUUUCGGUUGUGGAAGUAAACAAACUGAUAUUUACAACAUGGUAGCGAGACCAAUUGUUGAUAAAGUUUUAGAAGGAUAUAAUGGAACUAUAUUUGCUUAUGGACAAACAGGUACUGGAAAAACAUUUACAAUGGAAGGGAUCAGGUCCGAACCAGAACUGAGAGGUAUUAUUCCAAAUUCAUUUGCCCAUAUAUUUGGGGCAAUCGCGAAAGCUGAUGCGAAUACGAGAUUUCUGGUUCGUGUUUCAUAUCUGGAGAUAUAUAAUGAAGAGGUUAGAGAUAUUCUUGGAAAAGAUCAAUUUGCACGUUUGGAUGUUAAGGAGAGACCAGAUAUUGGUGUGUAUGUUAAAAAUCUAUCUUCGUUUGUUGUACACUCCCCAAAUGAAAUGGAUAAAUUGAUGUCAUUAGGAAACAAAAAUCGUGUAACUGGUGCAACUAAUAUGAACGAGCAUAGUUCACGUUCACAUGCAAUUUAUACAAUAACAAUUGAAUGUAGCGAACAUUCGGAGAAGAAUAAAACAUUACUUCGUCAAGGGAAAUUACACUUAGUUGAUUUGGCCGGAUCUGAAAGACAAGCAAAAACUGGUGCAACUGGAAAACGUUUACAGGAGGCGAAUAAGAUAAAUUUAUCGUUAACUACAUUGGGUAAUGUGAUUUCUGCAUUGGUCGAUGGUAAAUCAACACACAUACCAUAUCGUAAUUCCAAAUUAACCCGACUAUUACAAGAUUCACUAGGUGGAAAUUCUAAAACUGCUAUGAUAGCAAACAUAUCACCAGCCGAUUAUAAUUUUGAUGAAUCAUUGAGUACGUUAAGAUAUGCAAAUCGGGCAAAAAAUAUAAAGAAUAAAGCGAAGAUAAAUGAAGAUCCAAAAGAUGCAAUGCUACGUCAAUUCCAAAAAGAAAUUGAACAACUCCGUAAACAGUUGGAAGAAGGUGGCAUACCUUCAGACCCAACAAAUGCGGAAGAAAAAGAUAGUGAUGAUGAUAAUAAUGGAAAUGGUACAAUCGAUCACAAUGAUCAAGAAAACAGAUUGAAGAAAUCAAAAGGAAAUACAGCAAAACUGAGUAAACAAAAAAUGGCUGAAAUUCAACGUAUGAUUGAAGCUGACAGACGUAAGUUAGAAGAAGAGAAAGAUAUGGCUAUAGAGGAACGAAACCGUAUUCAGGUAAAUUAACAAGAACUCUGUCUUUCAGGUGACCUUUAAUCAGUACAAGACUUUGUCUUGGAUAAAUAAAUGUUUUAAAACAUAAUAAAAAUUACUCUACGUAAAAUUAUAAAAACAUUUUUCUUCUUGAACUACUGCAAAACCAUGAAUGCCUAAACUAGUAAAGUUUCAUCAUCAUAAAUAACCAGACAUUUAAUAAGAUAAAAAACGUCUAGAGAUUUGAGAAAAAGAACCUCACACUUUACGUCGAUAAAGUAGAUCAUAGUUCAUUCAAAACACAAUAACCGAAAAAGCACCACAACCUAUUUUCUCUAUGUGACUAAAGAAAUAGAUUUAUAUAAAAAUAAUAUUUCACUCUAAUGUGGUAUAACAUGCAUUAUUUUAUCUGGUUAAACACAUUUACAGGAAACAUUACUACUCAUAACAGUGAAUUAAGGUAAAUCAGUUGUAUCUACAUUAGAAUCACUGAAACUUGCAUUCAGCAAUCAUUGACAAAUUAAAUCCUAAUUGUUAAUUUGUCAGCAUGUUUGAAGACUUUGUAAAUUAAUGAUAGGACAUUGUUAACCCUGCAAAAGAAAACAAAUUUUAUCACUUAAAACGACAUAAAGUGCUACUCAAUGAGAAAUCAUAUUAAACCAGCAAAACGAUUCUAUUAGGUAGUUAUUUUGUCCCAGUAAGGGACUUCUCAGCAAUAAACAUGCUACCCCAGAACCUUCAGAAUUAUUAGUGAGCAGUAUUACCUUCGAACCACUAAGUCAGGACCCGGUGGUCUACAGUUCAUACCUCAUUUAAUUCGUGAUAUCAAACGACUGUCGCUGACAUCCAUUUAAACUCUGACGAGGUUGUACUCGACUAGUCACGAAUUACCAAAAAAACAGAAAAGUAUAAGACUUUUCAAGUUAAAACUUUUGUUUCAAGAAAGGGGAAGUAUGGGAUUGUUAAGACUUGAGAAUUCCAAAUUGAUAUCACCUACCAUAUUGCUAGUCGGACCAGUGACCAAUUUUACGAAUCUACACAACCAAUGAACGACAACCAAAGCCCUAGCGCUUAUUGGUUAUCGAACCCCUUUCUAACCCAGGGCCAAUCAGAAGACGAUGAUCUUGUCUGAGAACUCACGUAAUAAUAUGCUGAGAAUUCCUAAUCAUACAGCACUCCAUACAAGAAAUUCCCAUAAGUGGUAGAAGAAAAUAUUACAUAAUCAAUCGGCAAUAAUUAAGGGACGGUAAAAUAUCUAACAACAGUCAAAAGGUCCACUGGACGUUUACAGUAGGGGAAACAUAGAAAUGUAACAAUAUAUUUAUCUAUUAAUAAUGCAACAAAGAUAUAAUUAGUAACAAUCCAGAAAAUAGCUAAGAGAUUUUCAACUUUCCCAAUAUUCGUUCUGUUAUAACAAGGAAAAACAAUUUCUCCCAUUUCACAAAUUAAAAUUCAUUCAAACACAUUGAAUAUUCAUACUUCUAUUGUUAAAUAAUAACAGAAACAUCUUGAGACCAAAGAAAACGAAUUAAGACAAGUUGAAGUAACUCGUAAUAAUCUAACGAAACGUAUGGAGGCAUUACAAAGUCGCAUAAUUGUUGGAGGUGAAAAUUUAUUAGAAAAAGCUGAAAUACAAGAAAAAUUAUUAGAAAAAUCAGCGAUUGAAUUACAAAAACAACAAUUACGUGCGGAACAAUUACAUCAAAAAUUAAAAGAAAAAGAGGAAGAACGUAUCAAUAUUGAAGAAAAAUAUAAUAAUCUACAGGAAGAAGCUGCCGGGAAGCGUAAAAAACUACGUAAAUUAAGUACAAUAUAUUUGCAAGCCAAGUCGGAACUUGAAGAUAUGAAAAAUGAACACGUUCGUGAAAUGGAAGGCUUAGUAGAUAAUAUACAUCAAUUGGAAAGAGAAUUGGCUCGUUAUACUCUAAUCAUCGAUCGAUUUAUUCCACAAUCAUACCAAGCUCUCAUUGAACAAAAUGUACAGUGGGACGAGGAUAUAGGUGAAUGGCAAUUAAAAUGCGUAGCGUACACAGGAAAUAAUAUGCGAAAACCUGAAAAGCAAACACCCGAACCUCCGAUCGAUCUCGCACACGUGUACUUGAAAUAUACGGACAUAUCGAAUUCAGAACCGAGCCAGAAGAAAACUAAACCAACUAGGAAAUAAAAGCUCUUCCCCAACAGCCGGUUUUCAUUAUUCAGCAUACACACACAACUUCAUACGAAUGUCACCCCAGCCCGUGAAGUGUAUGUGGAAGUAACCCGUAACUUUCAUACCAUGUAAACUAGAGGGGACGAAGACCCGACAAACCAAAAGUACCCUAAUGCGGUGGUACAUACAAUAUCGCAGGAUUUGAUGCAUUGGCUAGAUAGUGCUAAGACAAGCGAAAAACUGCUACGUCUCAAACUAAUUCAUACAUGACUAACUGUGAGCUGAAAAGCAUCAAGUGACUACUUUGAGGAUGGCCACUGCAACACAAUUCGACGUUCUCUAGGACUGAUUGAUAAACAACCAAGCAGGCACGCAGAUUCGGAAAAUUAUAUUCUACUUACUACAGGACGUCUAACCGGCAAAAACUAGUCAAUGUUACAAACGCAGUGCAUGAGCUAGUCCUACAGCGGAGUCAAACUCAUAAACAAACCAGCCCACUGUUUAGAUAAAGGCGAACGAACUUCAUAUAGCCAACGCGCAACCACUUAACGGGUGGUCGUCGUGAAAAAAAGCAUUUAUUUUAAGCACAUUUAUUGUAAGACAUAACAGGACGAGUCAGAAGUAUUUCCUUUUCGCGCCUUCUGUUGAUAGCCAUCUGAAAUUUAAAAAGUAUUGACUAGUUAAUCAAGUAAGAGUACUCUAUGAUCAGACGAAUUACUGUCAUCAUUUGUUCAGACGGUAAUUCCAUAAAACAUCACUAAACAAAACUCACCUAAAGUAGAUUUCGCGAUAUUAUCUGACACCAUGCACGACAAAUGACCAAGUACUAAGCGCAUAAAAAGUAAUCAUCGAUGAGUCCGGAUGUUAGGUAAAAUUCAUUUCUGACAGCACAACCUGUAACAUAAAGAAUUCUAAUCAGUUGAGUACAGAGCAACCAAUUAAAUUCAGUUAAAUGUUUGUCACCAUUUAGUCAGACGGUAACUCCAUUACCAUCACAAAACAGACUUACCGUAUACUAGUCAACUAUCGUCAACAGUUCUUUUCGAUAUGACAGAAUCCAAUUGUAAUGGUCAUUACGUUGAAGGAUCAGCUACACGAGUUUCCUUAGUGCUAGAUACGUAGAUAAAAUAAUUUGUCAGUAAUCAGCUCUCAUAAUCGAUAUCAUAUCAGAAAAACCAAUAACUAACUGUGAACGCUGGACAAACAUGAGUUUGGCUGCUUGUGAACAGUAACUCAUUGCGUCACUGAAGGCCAAAUGUUACGUUGAUAACCCAUUCGAAGACCACUAGGAUUAGUACAAGUGAGGAAGUCUAACCCCAAUAACCUUCGACAGCUUAUCAACACAACAUUUGUACUUACUCACGGUUAGCUAGUAGCCCUCGUUCGUUCCAUCGGUGGUUUGUCAUCACACUUACCAUAGCGUGGCAGAAGUGACCAACACGGCGACAC